GUAUCCAGGAAGUGACGUCACACGCGUCCUUAGAGCACCAAGAUGGCGUCCAGAGGGAGAAGACGCGGAGUUCUUUCCUCCACUCCUCUGGAAGUGCUUUUCUUCCUCAAUGGAUGGUACUGCGCUUCCUACUUCCUUAUUGAGACUCUCAUAUUCAUAUAUAAAGGUCUGAUCCUACCUUACCCUACAUCUAACAUCAUAUUGGAAGCAGUGAUGCUUUUCUUGUACCUCGGCAUUGAAGUCACACGACUGUUUCUCGGUUGCCGUGGUAACCAGUGUGAGCGCAAACUCCCUCUGGUGGUCAGUGUUGGUCUAACCAUUCCAGCUGCAUUGCUUGCGCUGUACUUCCUGUUUCUUCAAACGUAUGCAUUACGGCUUGAGACCGUGUUGAGCUGCAUCCUCCUGCUGUUCUAUGGCUUAGAGACCAUUCUGAGUUGUGCUGCUCUCAUCACAUUUUGCAGAGACCCAAGUUACUGAGUACGACCAGGCCCAUACCAGGAUGACUCUUACUUCCUGAAUGUUCCAUCUCUGUUUGCUGUGCAAAUCGCAGGAGCCCCGGGCUCCUAUCCAGGCUACUAUUCAGUGCUGUAAAGUGGCUCCCUACUGCUGGAAAAUAACUUGAUUGAAUCACUGAAUAGCAGCCUCAAGCCACGUGUGUUUGAGUGGGGUUGCGUGUGCGUGUGCGUGUGCAUGUGUGUGUGUGAAUAUUCUUUUCUGUGACUUAGCAGAAAUAAAAAUAAUUUUUUCAUUUUA